GUGACCGAGACGCAGGAGCCCAGGUAGCUGCAAAGCUCUGUCCUCUCCACCACGCUCUCCUUUCCCUGCAGGAUCUAGCAGCGAAGACACCUGGCCUUCUGCCAAGCGGGAAGGAGAGCUGCCAGCAACCCUGUGACAAUUCCCCGAUUAUUAUUUCUGCAAUUUUUUUUGCCCGGAGACCAGAUUUCCACUGCUGGUUCCUGGAGUUGGCAGGAUGCAUUCGCUCUUCAAGAAACGAAACAAGGGGAAAUACAGCCCUACAGUCCAGAAGAAGAGCAUCUCCAGCAAGGAAUUGUCAGAGCUGAUCGAGAAGUUGCAGAAAAAUGCCGACAAGGUGGAGAGGAACAUUGUGGAAGCAGACACCAAAAUGCAAAACGAUCUACACAAACUUAAAGCCGGUCAGCCCGCCAAGUUUCAGGACUACACGUCAGACAAGCUGACGGAAUCCGAUAAGCUCCUCUACGUCCUAGAUGGAGAUGCAGCUGUUGCGCGGCACAUGAAACACCCGCAGGGAGAAAUGAUCACAGAGGACAUCCGGCAGCUGAAGGAGAGAGUGGCCAACCUGCGCGUGAAACACGACCAGAUCUACAACUUCACCCCGCAGCAGAUAGAACCGCAAGUCGACUGGUCUGCGGUGAUCAAGGAGAAACAGGAGAAACUGCUCAGCCAGGGCUUUGGGACCGACUUGCCGUCUGUCAACAAUCAGGUGGAAGAGCACAACAUCUUCCACAACGAGGUGAUGGCGAUCGGCCCGCACAUCAGCAAGGAAGGAGACAAGGAAUACACAAGCGGACUACAGAUGAAAUAUCAGAAAUUAUUGUCAGCGUCUCAGCAAAGGCAGCAGGAUUUGAAUUCCCUGCAGGACUACAUGCAACGCUGCACCAACAAACUCUACUGGCUCGACCAGCAGGCCAAGGACCGAAUGCAGUACGACUGGAGCGAUCGCAACCUGGACUACCCCAGUCGGCGCCGUCAGUACGAGAACUUCAUCAAUCGAAAGUUAGAAGAGAAAGAAGACACCAUCAACAAACUUCACAAAGACGGCGACCAUCUGCUGGCUCAAGCUCACCCUGGGAAGAUCCCCAUUGAGGCUCACGUGGAGGCGGUUCAUGCUGACUGGAAGGAGUAUCUCAACCUGCUCAUCUGUGAAGAAAGCCACCUGAAGUUUAUGGAGGACUACCACCAGUUUCAGAAAGAUGCUAAAGACGCUCAGGAGCUUCUCAGGAAAGUGGACACAGACUUGGAUCAGAAGUACAGCCCGGAUUUCAAGGACAGAUUCCAGAUCGAAUCUUUGCUACGGGAACUGGAGGACCAAGAGAAAGCCCUGGAUAAGUACGAGGACGUGGUGAAGUCCCUGCAGAAACGCAGUCAGCAAGUGCUUCCGCUGAAGUAUCGCCGGGAGACCCCCCUCAAGCCCAUCCCAGUGGAAGCGCUCUGCGACUAUGAGAACGAGCAGUGUCAGAUCACGCGUGGAAGCACCUACAUGCUGCAGAAGAACAACGGUGACCUCUGGGAGGUAACGGACAGCGCGGCGAGUGCCAUCACUGCCCCCGGCGUCUGCUUCAUGAUCCCCCCGACAGAUCCGGAAUCGUUGACCGUUACCGACAACAUCUCUGGACAAUAUCAGAGCGUGAAGCAGAAGAUGGCUGGCACCAGGACCCUUCUGCAGCAGCGGCACGACAGCAUGAAGGUGGACAGUUUUGGAGAUGCAACGUCCAUACAGGGGCGGCAGCUGCUGGCAGGGCUGGAGAAAGUGAACAGUGAGUUAGAGAAACAAGAGAAAGCCAUCACAGCGCACCUGCGCCCUCCGUUGGAGCAGAGUCGGGCCGUGCAGGACAGUGCGGAGCGUUCCAAGGAGCUGAAGAAUAUAACCAACGAGCUCCGCCGCAUCGAGCCGGAGAAGGUCCGCAGGAUCAAAGACUGUGAGGCCUUCGCCAAGUCAGUCCCUGACACGGGCAGCACCACGUUGGUCAAGAACCGGGCGGAGGAGACCAGCAACAAGUACAACCACGUGGUCCAGCUGCUGAGUGCCGCUCAGGAAAAAGUCGACGUGGCCAAUCACCUUGAGAAGAGCCUGCAGCAGGUGAGAGACGUGCUCUCCGGUUACGAGAACAAGCUAGCCAUCGAGGACACCAUCCCAGAAGACGUCCGGGGCUUGGACCGCAAAGAAGAGGAGCUGCAGAUCCUGGGCUCUGAGGUGCAGGCCCAACAGCCCUUGCUGAACGAGGCAGAGCAAGACUUGCAGAGGGCCAAGAAGUGCUCCAGCUCCCUGGCCAGCCGGUUCCAGGAGCACUGCCCGGACAUCGAGCGCCAGGAGGCCGAGCUCCACAAACUCAACCAGAGGUUCAACAACCUCGGCAAGCAGAUCGACCACAGGUCUCAGACCCUCCAGAAAGCCAAAUCAGCCUAUUCCGACUAUCGUGCUGGCUACCAUAACCUGACCCGUUUCCUAUGCAAUGUGCCAAAUUACGAGCCACAAGAAACGGACAGCGUCGCCAACGUGGAGAAGAAGCUGAAGAACCAAAGGGCCCUGCUGGGAGACAUCGCCAGCAAAGAGCAAGAGGUCAACCGGGUCUCGGCUGAUGCUCAGCGCUACCAGCAGGCAGUGAAGGACUAUGAGCUGGAAGCGGAGAAGCUGAGAUCUAUCCUCGACUUGGAGAACGGGCGCAAUGGGUUCAUGAACAAGAGACCCAGACUUCAGUCUCCUGCUGCAAAAGUGAAAGAGGAGGAAGCUCACCUGUCUGCCAAGUACACAGAAGUGAAUGCUGUCAACAGGCAACGGCUACAGAACUUGGAGUUUGCCCAGAACCUCCUGAGACAGCAGCCCGACACCCACGUGACGCGUGAGUCGGUCCAGACCCACCGCUCCGAGAGGCCACUGGAGGAAAUCUGGAAGCUCAAGAAGGAGCUGGACGACGAGAGCCAGCGGCGGCAACAGCUGGAGGCGGAGAUCAAGGCGAUCCAGGAGAACAUCCUCCUGCUGCAGAACCAGAAGCCGCAGGAGUCCGUGCUCAGGAAGGAGGUGGUGAAGAAGGUGCCCGACCCGCAGCUGGACGGGAGCUUCCACAAGAUGCAACAGAACCUGUCGGAGGAGCAGCGCAGGAACCAGGCACUGCAGGAUGAAGUGGAGGGCCUAAAGCUCAAGCUGCGUGUGCUGGAGCGCGAGAAGAAAGAAGGCGGGCAAGAGUAUGUGGUCAAGGAGGUCCUGAGGAUUGAGCCAGACAAGGCGCAGGCGGAAGAGAUCCUGAAGCUGAAGGAGGAGCUGGAAGAGCUGAAGAGGCAGGAAGGGUCCCGGGAGAGCGAGAUGGCCGUCCUGCGCAGACAGGUGGCCACUUUGUCUGAGGAGAAGAACACGGCACAGGAGAAGGUGACCGAGAAGGAAGUGGUGAAGCUGCAGAAUGACCCCCAGCUGGAGGCGGAAUACCAGUCGCUGCAGGAGAGCAAGCAGAGGGAAAGCGCACUCAGGCAGCGCCAGGAGGAGGAGCUGCGCUUCUUGCAGGACAAGCUGAAGCGGCUGGAAAAGGAGCGGGCCAUGGCCGAGGGGAAGAUCACUGUCAAGGAGGUGCUAACGGUGGAGAAGGACCUGGCGACCGAGAGAGAGGUGAAUGAGCUGCGGCGCCAGUACGAGGAAGAGAAGGCCAAAGGGCGCUCCAACGAGCGGGAGAAGGCUGAGCUGCUCCGCAAGAUCCACGCCUUGGAAGAGGAGAACGCCAAGGUGAUCGUCCAGGAGAAAGUCCGGGAGAUUGUGCGGCCGGACCCCCAGGCGGAAAAUGAGGUGGCCGACCUCCGCCUGCAGCUGGUGGAGCAGGAGGGGAAACUCCGAGGCGGGGAGGAACAGCUGAAGGACUGCCAGGGCGAGUUGGGCAUUCUACGGAACCGGGGGCCCCAGGUGGAAGUGCAAGAGGUCAUCAAGGAAGUAAUCAAGUACAAGAACGACCCGGAGACCGAGAUGGAGCUGCAGCAGCUCCGGGAUGAGAUCUUGGACCGGACCAGAGCCAUUGAGCGGGCAGACUUGGAGAUCUACCAGCUGAAGCAGGAGAUCGACAUCCUGAAGAACACUCAGCCUCAGGUCCAGGUGAAGGAAGUGGUCCAGGAGGUGCUGCAGUACCGGGAAGACCCACAGACCAGAGAAGAGGUCGAGUCGUUGAGGGCUCAGCUGGCCGAAGAGCAGCGGAAGCACAUGGACCUGGAGCGGGACCGGAAGCGCCAGGAAGAGAUCAUCCGGCAGAAGGAAGAAGAGCUCUCCCAGGUCAAGGAGAAGGUGGUGCAGCAGGAGGUGGUGAAGCUGGAACAGGACCCUGCCCUGAAGGCCGAGGUCACCUCCUUCUCCCAGAGCAUUGAGAAGGAGCUGAACCAGAUCGACACGCUCCGCAGCGAAAUGCGCAAGCUGCAGCGGAGGAGGUCGGAGCUGGAGCGGCAGCUGGAGGAGCUGGAGAAGGAACGGGUGGCCCGCAGAGAGGCGGAGCUGGAGGUGCAGAGGCUGAGGAUCCGGCUGAACGAGCUGGAGGAGCAGGAGCGGGAGACAACGGAGCGGGUCACCGUGAAGCAGAAGGUGAUCCUCCAGCAAGACCCGCAGCAGGAAAAGGAGCACGCCCUGCUCAAGCUGGAGCUGGAGGAGGAGAAGCACCGGAGGCAGGUCUUGCAAGCAGAGCUGGAGGCCCUGCGGAAGAAGCUGCAGGCCCUGGAGAAGAUGGAGGCCAAAGAGAAGGUUGUCAUCUCUGAGAGCGUCCAGGUGGACAAGGGAGACACGGAGUUUGAGAUCCAGAAGCUGAAGAGCAGCCUGGAGGAGGAGAACCGGCGGAAAAUGGAGCUCGAUGCAGACAUCAACAGGUUAGAGGCCAAGUUAUCCGAAGUGGAGUUCAACAAUUCCAAGUCUUCCAAAGAGCUGGACUUUUUGAGGGAAGAAAAUCACAAGCUGCACAUGGAGAAAAAGAACCUCUUGCUGGAGACCAGGAGGCUGCAGUCCGAGAUCGAGCUCACCGUGACAGAAGCCCGAGACUUGCGGAACAUGUCGCCGGCAGAGAGCAACCUGAACCUGGACUCCCGCUUCCAGUCUUUGGAGCGAGAGAUGGAAGAGCUGAAGAGGCUGUCGCGAGAGAAGGACGAGGAGAUUGAGCAGCUCCAAAACCGCCUCCAGACCGUGGCCAUCAAGAGGGAGCAGCGGGAGAACCACUUGAGGCGCUCCAUUGUGGUCAUCGACCCGGACACCGGCAAAGAGAUGUCCCCGGAGGAGGCCCACAAGUUCGGCCUGAUCGAGUGGAGCCUCUUCAUGAAGCUGAAGAACCAAGAGUGCGACUGGGAAGAGAUCGCCGUCAAAGGGCCCACCGGUGAGUCCUCCGUCAUCCUCGACCGGAAGUCGGGCAAAAAGUUCUCCAUCGAGGAUGCCUUGAAGAGCGGAAGGCUGACCCAGGCUCAGUACGACAGUUACCUGAACAAGGAGAUGUCUAUCCAGGAAUUGGCGGUUUUGGUGUCUGGACAGAAAUAGCUCCCUUUUCUUCUCCAAGAGAGAAGGCGGGGGGGAAAAGAACUAUUUUGAAGCAGUCAGCGGCUUGAAGCUGCACCCCUUGUUGCCAAUUCAGCCAUUUGCUGCCUAUUGCUUGCCUCCCAGGGGGCUCAUUGCCGAAAUCUAAGGUCUUAAUUCCCCCCCUCCCCUCAACCAAAUGCUGCAUUUUUCAAGGUCGCACGAUACCUGUGUCCAGGUAUGACACCUCUGCCCCUGCACUUAUUUAGCCCAGGAGACCACAAGCCACCAAAGGCUCAGUGUGCCAGCAAGGCCCACAGCUGGGGAAGAUGCCUCUCAGGUUGCAGCAGGGCCUGGCCGAGACAACUCGGGAGUUGGCCAGCUUGAAGGAGCCCAGCCAGCUUGAAGGAGCAGGCUCAGAAGCACUGAACUUCUCAGAGGAGGUCUGCUGGGGUAGCCAGCUACAUAAAGAAGUCCAGGGGGGAGGGCCAGUGACCUCACCACUCCCGGACAAGUAUCCACUGGCCCAGGGGCUUGUCACUCUUGGCAUGGGGAGGGAGGAUUGGCAGAGCCCAGGGUUGGCCCUCCCUUGGGAAAGCGUUUAAAGGGUUUUGCCCAAGAGCAGCCAGGAAGAACUAGACGCAUUCCAAAGCAGGUGGGAAUAGAUAGAGAGCAGAGCAGAGCGGGGAAAUUGGAUGAAGAGAAACCCCCUCCUCUGGUUCUAUUCUGAGUGUCUCUCCUGGGGCACUCACCUCACUAUGAAAGCAACCCUGAUGUUAGAGGGUGGGGCAGCCCUGGACUCAAAACGCGACAGCAGUGGAUAAGGACCAAGCAGUGAUAUCAAACUAUUUUUGUGUAGGCCGGUGUGUGAACUAGUAGAGAAUGUCCAUCCUCUGCGAGCCAUGCUUUUGUGAAUGCUCCUCUCCCCACUCCCUUUAUACCUCCCACCCAAACUCAAAAGCACUUCCUACCACACAUCCUUGGAACAGGUAUUAAGAUCUCUAGCCAUGGUACCACCUCCCAUCUCAUGUAGCUGUAACUGAGCUUUCUCAGCUGCCCCCUCAGCAGUUUGGGAAGAAUACUGGCCUGCCUUCUAGGCUAGUGGCGGCUGUGAAACUUUUUGGAAACUAAAUGUUAUUACUGCAUCAAGCCCUUCAUCUCUUCUGUCUCCGUCCCCAAGCCAUGGACUCCUAGAAUCAUAGAGUUGGAAGAGACCCCAAGGGCCAUCAAGUCCAACCCCCUGCCAUGCAGGAAUACACAAUCAAAGCACUCCUGACAGAUGGCCAUCCAGCCUCUCUUUACAAACCUCCAAAGAAGGAGACUAAGAAACAGCAUCACAAUAUUUAACCCCAAGAACUAUGUUCUUUCCCAUGUUGCAGUAGUACGAUACUUGUGCUGGUGGUUUUUGCUAACUUAGUUCUACUCAACUGUCGUGUAUUCUCAAGUAUUUGCUGUAGAAGGGAAUAGGAAGUUUUAUCUACAACACAAAACAGUAAUAAAAAAAGAUGCCGUGAACUAUC